CAAGAUUACCAUCGUGCCACUUUCGUUCGGAAUCUUUCCCCGCAUUUUUAUUCGGCUGUGCAACCGCUGUGUGAAUUUGAACUACGUACAUAAACUUGCUUUCCCCCCUCUCCCAUUUCAUCAACCUGGCACACCUUUAUUUUAUCUUCUCUUGACUUCUUGUCACUCUUUCAAUAGCUCAUGAAGUUGCUAUGAAGGUACCGAGAAGCCCCGCAGCAUCCCUUAGAAUCAUUAGACCCGCGACAGCGGCGGUCAAGUCCCAAAAUGUUUCUCGAAAAUUAGCCACCGUAGUCUCCAUAACCCCCCCUUCCUACCUCUCUAUAUCACCCCCUAGGCCAUCUCAUCCUCCUAUUUUUGAACCUCAUGUUGUCACCUCUUUGGGAACCGAAUAUAAUGAGAAUCUGUUCCGUUACACCUCUGGCAGAUGGUUGUACAACGAAUCCCAGCAGAUGGCUCAGCGUUACAUCAAGUUUGAUGUCGCUGCUCUGCAUCGUGUCAUCGCCUCUGUCUGCGCUUCUCCUGUAGUAUCCAUGGAGAAGAAGGAGGGUAUGUUCAACAAAACCCUGAUGGUGACUCUCGCAAAUGGGAAAAAAGUGGCUGCCCGUAUCAAAAAUCCAAUUGCGGGUCCCGACCACCUCAUGACUUCCAGCGAGGUUGCAACUAUGGAUUUUGUCCGCCACAAUCUCGGAAUUCCCGUGCCUAAGAUUCUUGCCUCCAGUUCUCACGCACCCGAUAACGGUGUUGGAGCAGAAUACAUCAUCAUGGAGUCCGCUCCAGGCGUCCAGCUUAGCACCAUCUGGCACACCAUGGACUCACGCCAGAAGAAGAACGUCGUCAACUCCCUCGUGGCACUGGAGCAGAACAUGCUGAACGCAAAGUUUGCUCAGUAUGGUAGCCUGUAUUACAAGGAAGAUAUCCCUGAGUCGAAACGGGCUCCUCAUUUGUAUGCCCAUGGGUCACGUAGGUUCGGUUCUGAGGACAAGUUCUGCAUAGGUCCCAUAGCCCAUCGCAAUUUCUAUGAAGAUGAACGCGCCACUAUGGACCUUGACAGAGGACCGUGGUCAUCGCCGCAGGACUAUCUUCGCUCCCUCGCCUUGCGCGAGGAGGCAUGGAUCUCACGCUUUGCGAAGCCCAAUAUCCACGAUGACCCUUUCCGUAAUGUCCCGGGUCCUCAGCUCAAGGAAGACCAUCUCCAGUCCUUGGAACAGUAUCGUUCAAUUAUCCCUGCUAUCAUGCCAACCGCGCGAAAGGUCCUGGCAUCUAACCUGUGGCAUCCCGAUCUCAACCCUGGGAACAUCUUCGUGUCCGAUGACGACGAGCGACGCGUGGUCAGCAUCAUUGACUGGCAGGGCUGUUGGGCUGGUCCUGCCUAUCUUCAAAUGAAGAGUCCAUCCUUCUUAGAUUGCGAUGGCGCUGAACUCCCUUCGGGCCUCGAGUUCCCUAAACUUCCUUCCGAGUACAACGUCAUGAGCCUAGACACCAAGGCUGCAAUGCGCGAAGAACACAAAGCGCAGAUACUUCACAAACUCUAUGAAAUCAAACAGCUAUACCCGUAUCGUGUCAGCCACCGCGAGACGCGAACAAUGCCUGUCCGCGCAGCAGGUCGGACAUGGAAAGACGGCAUUCUCCCGCUGCGCCUCGCACUGCUUGACGUCUUCAGCCGGUGGGAAGAACUCUCCGGUGGUGAUGAGCCCUGCCCACUGCGCUUCACGCGGGAGGAAGUGCAGCAGCUGAAGCGUCAACGAGACCGGUAUGUGGAUUGGCAUGACUUCCUGGACGACGUGCGUAUGACGUUCGGCAUGCGGCUUCAUGGAUGGGUGCCGCAGCAUGAGUAUCCAUCGAAGCGGGCGUUGCUUGAAGGAACGCGCAGCCGUCUCCCUGUCGCACUCACCAGUCAGCUGGAGGAGAUUCUUCCGCAGGACUGGUGGCCGUUUAGGGACACGGUCCCUUUGCCCUCUGGGCCUGAGGUGCGGGCGUAAAGCGAUUUGGUAUCUUAACUUCACUUUCUUUGAUCUUUCCUCGUUUUCUCUUGGACUACUGUUAUGACCUUUUAUGAUGUUAUCUUUGUUGUGUGCAGGGGAUACGGACCUUCAUUAUUAUACGACGCAUAGAUAUUGUUUGGGCGCGAUUAGAUGCUAGAUGUUUGCUUUUGAGAUUUUCCUUGUAUUUACAUUAAUGUGUAGGUAUACUUUUUGCUAGGGAUCUGGGAAUACAUAGAGGUUUAAUUUAGAGUGUUCUGGACGACCGUGCGACUUUAUG